ACAUGCAGACGCUUUUCACGCCAUGGCUGCUGCCUGCUGCUGCUCCUCCUGUUCAAAAAGGCAUCCAUCCUUCAGGUUCAGGCUUGCUUGCCCUGCCUACUACCAGAAGAAUCGGAUCAUCGGACCAGAGCCGACCAGCAGCAUGGUUGCGGCUGCGGCAGCAGCCGUAGUGCAUGGUCGUCGUCGUCGUCGACUCCACUUCCUCCCCGCUGCGCUCCUGCACCUGCACCUGCUGCUGGUGCCACUGCCGGUGCCAGCAGUGCAGGCGGCGGCGCGCGUGACGGCGCUGAUCGUGUUCGGCGACUCCACGGUGGACGCCGGCAACAACAACGCGAUCGCGACGGCGGUGCGGAGCAACUUCCCGCCGUACGGGCGGGACUUCCCGUUCCCUCCGGGGCGCGCCACGGGGCGGUUCAGCAACGGCCGCGUGGCCACCGACUUCUACUCGGAGGCGCUCGGGCUCGGCCGCGCCUUCGUGCCGGCCUACCUUGAUCCGGACUACGGCAUCCGGGACAUGGCCGUCGGUGUCUGCUUCGCCUCCGCCGGCUCUGGGCUUGAUGUUGCCACCUCACGUGUCUUUGAUUCCCGCUGCACAUUCGCCGGCAUGCAAGCGAAUCCUCGUGUCCUACUCCGAAAUCCUUCAUUCAUCGAGUACCUACCAGUGAGCGGUGUUAACGCAACACAAAGAGUGAUCCCCCUGUGGAAGCAAGUGGACAUGUUCCGGGAGUACAAGUCCCGGCUGGCUGACCACCUGGGCGCCGCCGAGGCGCACGCCGUGGUGGCCGGCGCCGUGUACGCCGUGAGCAUCGGCACCAACGACUUCAUCGAGAACUACUUCGCGCUGACGACGACGCGGUUCCUCGAGUUCACGCUGCCCGAGUACACGGACUACCUCGUGGCCCUCGCCCGGGGCUUCCUGGCGGAGCUCUACGCCCUGGGCGCCCGCAAGGUCGGCUUCACGGGGCUCGCCCCCAUGGGCUGCCUGCCGCUGGAGCGCGCCCGCGCAGGCGCGCUGGGCCGCUGCGCCGACGAGUACAACGCCGCGGCGCGCGCCUUCAACGCGGCGCUCGCGGACAUGGUGCGCGAGCUCGGCGGCGAGCUGCCGGGCGCCGACAUCCGGGUGGCGGAGGUCUACGACUUCUUCGAGGACAUGGUGCGCGACCCGGGGCGGCACGGCUUCGCGCGCGCCGACGUCGGGUGCUGCGGGACGGGCACCUACGAGAUGGGGUACGCGUGCGGCGCGUGGGCGGCGGCGGGGACGUGCCCGGACGCCGACCGCUACGUGUUCUGGGACGCCGUGCACCCCACGGAGCGCGCCAGCCGCCUCGUCGCCGACCACCUCAUCAACACCACCUUCGGCCGCUUCGUCUGAUCCAGCUAGCGACCCUUCAU